AGGGCAUCUCAGGUCACGCUUCGUGGGCAGGUGACAUUUCUGGCGCUGCUCGGCUCGCGAUAGUCUCCCAACAUGCUCUACGUCCCAGCAUAGACAGCGACAAACUCUCGGCUGUGGUUUUGGAUGAAGUUUUGGGUAAAAUCUGAGAUUCAAUGCUUACUGAGACAAUCUUUGAUCUGUCAGUUCGUCCCGCCUCUUUGACUUCUGUCGAUUGUCAAUCUGAGGUUCGUCAAUGGAGCGUGAAGGACUCGGGAGUUCGAUAGCGGAGGGUUAUUGUCUCGAUGAUGAUCUAAGUGGAGCAUCUGUCGAGGGCGAAAUAAACGCAUCCUCUAUCCUCCGAGAUCCGGCCAAACAACUCACUGACGAGCACGCGCGAAGCAUCGCUUCUUUGCGCGUAGUCGAGCUACUUGACAAGCUUUCCUCUCAGACUCAGACUGCCUCGGGGGUAGCUGAGGCAGUCGGUCAAGGGUGCUUCAGUGAAGAUGUCAAGUAUUGUCAAAAUGCGAUUGGAGAAUUACCAAACUCAGCGACGGCAUUGCAAAUGACAGCAGACCGAGAGCGUAUAGUCGACACUAUUCUCCAUUUGCUUCAAUCCCCAGACUCAGCAGAGUGCGUUGCUUCGAGCAGGAUUUGGCAGGCAAUCACUGCGAUAGAUGAGAUGCCCGAAUUACAACCGGUAGUCGCAGAAUGGCUUACCUGUCACGAUGCGCAACUGCUCACGCAGUCUCCGACGUGCUUUUCCGACGCGCUAGAUUGUCUAAAACGCGUCAAAUGUGAGCAAACGCAGUAUAGCGUAUUGAGCAUACUCUUACGUUGCGCGCGCGAGGAUAUAGCGAUGAAGACUGCGAUUCUCGAGUGCGUGGUAUCAAAAGCGCCGAGCGCGGAACUGUUGUGCGAUGAUUGUCCUACCGAGCUGGGAUAUCUCGAAUUCUAUCUACACGCUGUCGUCAGGUUGUUGAAGCAUCCUGGAGUCUCGUCGAGUCCAGUGCUAAAGUACUUGACAACCGUCGCAGCGCCCGCUCUGCUUUCCAAAAGACUAACCGCUCACCAACCCUUCCGCGUGCUUCUGAUCCUCAGCGUAGAGGCCUGUAUCUCGCAACCAUCCAGCCCCGAGAUUCCAAUCUACCUGCAAAAGCUAAAACAGCUCGUUCUCAUGUUUUCAGAUCGUGUAGACUGGGCACUCACCGAGCCGCUCGUGCUAGCGUUCUACAUCGCACUGCGGAAAGCACCGAGUUAUUUCCCCCUCUCGACCGACGCGUCCAGACAGCUCACGCCUGCGCUCAGACGGAUCUGGUAUCACGCGCAGUGCGGGGUUUCUAAAUUGACUGGCGGCGGGGAGGAUGAGAGCGUGAGAAGGCAGUGUGGGAAUGUGGUUCUGGUUACGAGGGAGAUGUUGAAGCCGGUGAGGUUGAGGAGGGUGAGGCCGCCUUUUGUUAGGUUUUCGUGGAGGGGUGAGGGUGGUGAUGAGGUUGGUGAAUCUGCUUUGCUGCAGAGGCGGCGGAGGAGGAAGAGACGGGUGGAUUGAAAUGUUUACGAUGAUGAUAUGAUUAACCUAUUAUGUAGUCCGUGUGCAACAACUAGGAUAUGACGGACUAAUUGUUAUGGCGUUUAGGAAUUUCUUUUGUGUUCUGUGUAUCUAUUUAAAGGAAAAUUACAGGAUGGGUAUCGGAGUAACUAGAGCGUGCAUACAAAUGUUUGAAAUUUAACGGACUUUGGUCAAUAAUUCAAUGUUUGAUUACCACAUCAUAGUAGC